CAUGGCAACCUCUAAAUAAUUUAGACAGAAAAAUAGACACGGCCAUCUUUCAGUGGAAAAUUUGUCUUUUUCGUUGAAUAGAUAAAAGAAAUCGUCGAAGAGUACAUUUCAAGGGCGUUUCGGUAAAGAGAGUGAUCUUUGCACAAGCAUCAUGACAAUUCUGCCGAAAAAGAAGUCAUCUCAAUCACGGUCGGAAUCCGAAAGUAAUACUGAUGGAUCUCCCCUACAACACCUCUCAGUUGGGAGCAAUAAUCACCUUUCACACAUUGGACCAGUACCACAGGUAGCAGAAACUUGCAGUGUGUCUAGGCUGUCUGGAAGAACAUCAUCAAGCCAUCCCCACAGCCACGGACACAGCAGCCAGUCAUCAUCUCGCUAUGAAGAUUAUGACCUGGAGAGUGGUCCUAGUCAAACAAAAAGAAGAAUGAGAGUCAGUCCCCAUAGAGCUGUCCGCCCCAAGCACAGAGAUAGGAAUUCAUCAACCUCUGCCAUACCUAGUACUAGUUCAGCCAUGCACAGUGUUGCCUCUUCAUCCAGCUCAGGAAGUUCUCCCACACCAAGCCAUACAGUACCAGAUCCUUCUUCCCAUGAAGAUGAAUCAGGAAGUGGAUAUAACAGUGGAGAUGAAUAUGGACCUGCAAGAUCUUCAUCUUCUAAUGUCCCCAUUUCUGAAGAAGAAUGGGAACAGAAGGAAAGAUGGUUUGAGAAAAAGAUGCGGAAACGAGGUUUUAUUAUUAAGCGGAUGGGUGAAGACGGAGCCUGCUUGUUUCGUGCCGUUUCUGAUCAAAUCUACGGUGAUCAAGAAAUGCACUCAAUGGUUCGCAAACAUUGUAUGGACUAUAUUGACGCAAACGGAGACUACUUUUCACAGUAUAUGACUGAAGACUUUGCCGCCUAUGUGAGUAGAAAAAGAUUGGAAAAUGUACAUGGCAAUCACAUUGAGAUGCAGGCUAUGAGCGAAAUGUACAACAGACAUAUUGAAGUAUUUUGCUACAGCGUCGAGCCGAUCAAUAUUUUCCAUGGUAAACAUCAGACUGAUGACGAACCUAUUCGAUUGUCUUAUCAUCGUGGAGUGCACUACAACAGUUUGGUUGAUCCGUACAAAGCCACUGUGGGAGUAGGACUGGGAUUGCCAGGAUUUGUCCCUGGUCAAGCAGACAAGAAAUUAAUGGGUGAUGCCAUGCGACAAAGUGAAGAGACCUUAAUUGAAAAAGCCAUGUUAGAAGAUAAAGUUAAAGCCACAGAUUGGGAGGCAACAAAUGAAGCUAUUGAAGAGCAAGUUGCCCGUGAAAGUUACCUCGACUGGCUUAGAGAAAACGAGCGACGCAGUCGACAGCAGCAACGGUCCGGUCAUUCGGCAACCACUUCCUCGAAUGCCUGCGAGCUCCGUUCCCCAAGAACAACAGCAACGACGUCCUCUUCAGCUCGUAAUUCGCCCAAACCAUCUUUUGUUGAACACCAGCGGAAGUCUCCAAAUGCUUCACCGAGAGCGUCCACUUCACGCAGCGCCACAACCUCUAGUAGUCGUGAAGGUGCAUCAACUAGCCCUAUCGCGUCACCGGCCGCUGGUACUUCAAGUUCAAACCCAGUGAACACCAGUAAACCCGAUUGGGGAUUGGGGCCAGGCUUUGAAUUGGCUGAAACGGCUUCAUUCCUGGGACAGUUGCCUCCUGACAUGUUUGGUUUAGCAGACUGGGAGGAUGCUGGACUUUUGGCUCAAGUGCUGGCUGCAUCGCAACAAGAGUAUCUGGACAAGUUGAAAAAGAGCAGGGAAGCCAUCGACCCUCACGACGACGAGACGAUGGAUAACACCAAACAGCAGCAAGAGGAGCAGCCGGUUGAACAGAGCAGUCGCGACAGUAUGACGACAGAUCCAACCAACGACCUGACCAGUGCGAACGGGACUAACAAUAGUUAACCCAGACUCCUCAGUUGUUUUGUCUACGUGUUAGCUUUCCUUUUUUUUUCCCCCCGUCAGUGGCAGGGAGCUCAAGAGGCGUGUAUCAGGGGAGGAGUCAGAAGAAAGUCCUUUCCAUGCAAAAUUGUUAAUCUUUGAUUCUCGGUCUAAAUUUAGACUCGCAAUGACGUCUGACUGACACAAUUGGAUUGAACUUGCCUGUACCCCCGUCUCCUCCACUGCCGAUUCUCGCAAACUGGCUGCCAAAUCAUGUAAAAAAAAUUCAUCCGCGUUCAAAGUCCAGUGAAGCGAGAAAGGGAGAAAUCACUUAAAAAAAAAAAAAAAAAAAAUGAGGAUUGUAAUAAUUCGUUACACAGCUUUUCUGUCAAAAUAGCCGCGGAUGCUCCUCUUGCCCUCCUGGUGCCUUUGAAUAUCUUUCGUCGUGGUUUUCUCCAUUUCGUUUUGCGGAUGCUGGAACUAACUAACGUCUCCCCGUACCUUGGCAGCAGCUGAUGUGAUGGCCAUAACUCGCACUCUUUUUUCUCGUUUGUCACGUUCUUUUGUUUUUGUUUUCGUUUAGCUUUUUCUACUAGUUGUAGGAUAGAAACACGUCAAGCUAUUCCGUCUGUUGAAAGCUAAAUCAUAUGUUUUCUUGUAUCACUGACCUCUUGUGCUUUUCGUGUGUAUUUGUUUUAAAUCCCUCUCUUCCCUAUUCUGCUCUUGACACUCUUGGUUGAUGUCAGAAAAGGUCAAUGGCUUUCUUCUCUUUAUCUCUCGCCCGUAUAUUGCAGAUAUAAAUCUAUUUGAUGAUGACGAAAAAUUUAAGAAAAUGAGAGACAAAAAAUAAGCUUUAUGCAAAUAAAUUAAGAAAACAAACAGA